CGAAAUCUUCCGGUCACGUGAUUCAAUUUCUGCAUACUUGCACGACCACCUAUGCACUUGUGCCAGCUAUGACAGCGGCAUUAAAAUUUUCACUCGAUGAAAAAAGGCAGACACAGCUUGUUCCUGCCUUUUCCCCAACUAACCCACAAUGAUGUUGAAGAACUCUAUUUUUGGGGCUAUCCGUUCCGUCGCUAGUGUCGCUCCUCGCUUGGCCCGCCCAAGCUUGGUCAGAACUGCCGCCACCUUCGACCGUACGAAGCCACACGUGAACAUCGGUACCAUCGGCCACGUCGAUCACGGUAAGACUACCCUUACCGCCGCCAUCACUAAGGUCUUGGCUGAGCAGGGUGAUGGUGCUGCAAACUUCUUGGACUAUGCCUCCAUUGACAAGGCGCCAGAAGAGAGAGCCAGAGGUAUCACCAUUUCCUCCGCUCACGUUGAGUACGAGACCUCCAAGAGACACUACGCCCACGUUGAUUGCCCAGGUCACGCGGAUUACAUCAAGAACAUGAUUACCGGUGCCGCCCAGAUGGACGGUGCCAUCAUUGUUGUUGCUGCCUCCGACGGUCAGAUGCCUCAGACCAGAGAGCACUUAUUGUUGGCGCGUCAGGUCGGUAUCCAGCACUUAGUUGUCUUUGUCAACAAGAUUGACACCAUGGACGACCCUGAAAUGUUGGAAUUGGUUGAAAUGGAAAUGAGAGAGUUAUUGUCGACCUACGGGUUCGACGGUGACAACACGCCGGUCAUUAUGGGUUCUGCUUUGUGUGCCUUGAACAGCACCAGACCAGAGAUUGGUUCUGAGGCGAUUAUGAAGUUGUUGGAUGCCGUUGACGAGACCAUCCCAACCCCAGAACGUGACUUGGAGCAGCCUUUCUUGAUGCCUAUCGAAGAUGUUUUCUCCAUUUCCGGUAGAGGUACCGUCGUCACUGGUUGUGUCGAGCGUGGUAACUUGAAGAAGGGUCAGGAAAUUGAAAUCGUCGGUGUUACCGGUAAGCCGAUCAUCACCACCGUCACCGGGAUCGAGAUGUUCAAGAAGGAGUUGGACUCUGCCAUGGCCGGUGACAACGCCGGGAUUUUGUUGAGAGGUAUCAGAAGAGACCAGAUGAAGAGAGGUAUGGUUUUGUGUAAGCCAGCCACCGUCAAGGCCCACACCAAGUUUUUGUGCUCCCUCUACAUCUUGUCCAAGGAAGAAGGUGGCCGUCACUCUCCGUUCGCCGAGAACUACAGACCACAGAUGUUCAUCAGAACCGCCGAUGUCACUGUCGUCUUGAGAUUCCCACAGGAACACGAAGACCACUCGGCGCAGGUCAUGCCAGGUGACAAUGUUGAGAUGGAAGGUGAGUUGGUCCACCCAACCCCAUUGGAAGUCGGCCAGAGAUUCAACAUCAGAGAAGGUGGUAAGACCGUUGGUACUGGGUUGAUUACCAGAAUCAUGGAAUAAGCGACGUAAACCAUUCUCGUAAGGAAUUCUGUAUAUAAUCAAUGAAAUGGUUUUUCAAGAGAUGUAGACGGCCACAGCUUCGGUAGUAGAGUGGGCUUCUUCAGGGGGUUAACGCUGAGGUAUACAACGUGCUACUAAGUAGAGGGUAGCCCAUGCUAGGUUUCGAGUUCUUUUUUAGAAUAAGAACCACUGGACAUCUUCGAAAAAGGGAAGAAUACUCACCUGUAUGAAUACCUCACUCUAACUUUCGGCCAGGCCUUUGCGGUAUCCGACGGAACUGCUCUGAACGCCAACUCGUGAUCAGCGAUAGUAAAUUUAAUUAC